CCGGGCCCCGAGGUUCACUAGUUGGGCUCUAGUAUCAUCGUGAGCUAUCAAGACUGAUAGAAAGGAAAUGAUAGUUUCAGCAUAUAUUCUAUUGGAGCGUUGGAUUUACAGAUAUCAACGUCUGGCCUUUCCGCCACAAGAGGGUCAGUCUGACCUUAGCCAUGUCAGGCGAUCUAUCUCGAGGGAUCAUCUUUAGCGGGCCAAGGAGAGAUCGAGUCACUACAAGCUUCUUAACCUAGCUGGGCACCGUGUACACCGGGGUAGAUUCUGGGUCCGCGCCAGUCUCAUAAUUGGAUUGGAAUUUCCUCCCGCUGGUCGGGCCUCAUUGCUCACUCAACCCUGACGGGACAGUGAUAGUCAGAACCACAAGACCCAAUGAGCGACGAUACGACAACAGCGACAAAGGGCCGCCGACAGAACAAAGGGCUGGCUUGCGAGGAAUGUCGUUCCCGCAAGCUCCGGUGCGAUAUGAAUCAGCCCCAGUGUGGCACCUGUAAUAACCUGGGAGUGCCAUGCGUCACAAACACAGCUCGUCGGCCACGAGGCCCGAGAAAGGGUCAUGUUAAGAUUCUUAGGUCUCGCAUCGCGUCGCUCGAGCGUCUUUUGCAGGAGAGCUCUGAGGGCCAAACGGGCUAUGGGCCGGGUCAUGUAGAACCUACUCUCAAAGUCUUCGAUGCAGACCACUCAGUCAAGGUGAAUAUCGCUGAAGAGCCAACUAAGCAGGAUAACACUGUACAAGUGCGAGGGUCAUCGGAAGAGUGUGCCGCUUAUCACAUGGAAGCGCAGUCGAUGGAGCUUCCUAAAUGGCCUUCAAUGGCUCCUCUGUUGGAUGUAGAUAGUGAAUGGGCCAAACCGAUUGGGUCUCUCCCAGAUUCAACGUACUUUUCAUCCGAACCAACCCCACCGAGCAAUAUAUCGAACCCACUGUCGUCAACCUGGCCGCUCGAAGCCGACAUGAGUCCCCUGGACUUGGGUGCUCAGGCAUUGACGCCGAAAUUCCUGGCAAGCCAGCUCCCUCUUCAGUUAUCACCGUUAGAGCUUGCGGAUCUGGACGAUCUUUUCUUUGAACGGGCUUACCCGUUUGCGCCCAUCAUCAAUCAGCAGCGAUACUAUGCUCGCGCAGCCAAGGAAUUGGACUCAAGUGAGCCUUUUACGUGCUUACAAUAUGCCAUACGAACGCUUGCUGCAUCAAUGGGAAGCCAGUUUAAAGGUAUCUUGCCCUUACUGUACACCCACACGUGUUGCACAUUAGACGCAUGGGAGCAGAAUGUGCCCAACGAGGCUCUUCCAAUCGAGUUGGCCCAGGCUCGACUACUACUGGCAAUUUACGAGAUUUUGAAAAUCAACCCUAAAAAGGGCUGGAUCAGCGCCGGCCGCUGCUUCCAUCUUGUCCAUCUUGUGAAGCUUGACCAAAUUGACAACCCAAACGCUUGGCAAUCACCAGCUCUCUCCUUGGUAGAGAUAGAGGAGCGGAGGAGGACAUUUUGGACAGCAUAUGCACUGGAUCGUUAUGGUAAUCUCGUCAAUGGUCUACCGCUAACACUAAACGACGAAAUGAUUCUCACCCGUUUACCGGCUCCAGAGGCAGCCUUUCAAUGCCAGAGAUCUGUUAAUACAGACUUCCUGGCCCCAGCAAUAGCUAAAAAGAGCGAGAAACAGCUUUCCCCAUACGCCAAAUCGAUCGUCAUACUAUCCGUUUUUGCACGUUGUCUCUGUCACCGAAACCAAUGCCACGUAGAGCGUAUCAUAGAACCCACAUCUCAAGAGUUUCUGGUUCGCCAUCGAGUACUCGAUAGUAUCCUGAGCCACGAGGUUCAGACAAAUUUGUCCACUGAUCAAGACCCGUGUGAUCCCACGCUCCUAUUCAUCGACAUGUUGACCCAAGCUGCAGUACUUAUCCUAUUCACGGCUUUGAACUCUGUGCCAGAACCGACGAAUACUUACCGGGACAUCUAUAAAGUGUACGAAAAAAAAGCUUCUAAGGCGGUAGAAAGAAUGCGGUAUCAAGCACAGAAGCUGGCUCAACUUGGGUGUUUCAAAGUCCAUCCAUUUACAUCUAUCGCGCUAUUCAUCUGUGCCGAAUUUGCUCGUCCAUGCAAGGGGCUCAACCAGAACACCACGACGGACUUCAACGCCCUCUCUGCGGCUCUCAGUAAUCUAGCACCUGCUAACAGUCUCGCAAGGAUGCUCGAACUCGAGCUUCAGGGUACCCCAGAGGUGGCUUCAGUAAUUAGGGGCUUGUAAAGAGCCAUCGCCUGUAUGAAACGAUACUCAUGACCAUUGUAAAUCGACUGCUGUAUUUUUAAAAAUAGAUUGAGUGGACUAUCC